AUGUCAGUUCUGGCGCGCGCAUCCCGCAAUUCCGCGGUGUUGCGCACUGCAUGCUUCCGCCUUGCCGCGCCGGCGAUCGCAUGGGGUGGAUUCUCGACGGCCACUGCUGGCGCAUCCCCUGCCUCCGCUUCCGCCUCUCCCGCCGAUGCUUCCCCCGCUGUUGCGGGUAAUUCAACCGCAGGACGCGCGUUUGAGGCGUCAGGUGGGAGAGUGACGUCCGCAAGCGUUGAUGGCGAAGAGGUGGCUAAGUUCGAAGCUCUCGCCAGCCAAUGGUGGGACCGCAGGGGCCCACAUGCGCCACUGCAUGCCAUGUCAGCUGCCCGCGUGGCGUUCGUGCGUGAUGCCAUGUGUCGGCACUUUGGGUGA